ACAAACCGCCUCACACUAGAGCGAGUCACAGUGAAGGCGCCUCAACUAGAAACGAUGGUUUGUUCGUGAUAAACACACCAUACAAAACGGUGAACGUUCAUGCGUGGCGCCGGGAUUCUUCCAAAGACCAAGCGCUGGGGCGUUUUGCGGAGAAGACCCGUCGGCUGAGCAAGUUUUGAGGACGAGAGGCCAACAUGAAGUUCGCCCAGUUUCUGCUGAAGAACAGCAAAGCUGCAGGAAUCCCCAAACAAGUGGAGAGGUUUUCAAAGUUCUCGCCGUCUCCUCUGUCGAUGAAGCAGUUCAUCGACUUUGGCUCGGCGAACGCCUGUGAGAAGACCUCCUUUGUGUUCCUGCGACAGGAGCUUCCUGUGCGAAUGGCCAACAUCAUGAAGGAAAUCGAUUUUCUCCCUGACAAACUCCUCGGCACCCCUUCACUGAAGCUCCUCACCAGCUGGUACUCCCAAAGUUUACUGGAGCUUGUGGAGUUCUUGGAGAAAGACCCGUAUGAUAAGAGUGUCCUGACAAAUUUCACAGAGACUCUGGUCAACAUCCGUAACCGACACAACAACGUGGUGCCCACCAUGGCCCAGGGCGUGGUGGAAUACAAGGAGGCCUUUGGCGUGGACCCGGUCACCAACCAGAACGUCCAGUACUUUCUGGACCGCUUCUACAUGAGCCGCAUCUCCAUACGAAUGCUCAUGAACCAGCACACCUUAAUCUUCGACGGCAGCGUCAACCCGGCGCACCCCAAACACAUCGGCAGCAUCGACCCCAGCUGUGACGUCGUGGAAGUCGUGAAAGAUGCGUAUGAGACGUCAAAAAUGCUGUGCGAGCAGUACUACCUGACAUCACCUGAUAUGGAAAUCAUAGAAGUCAACUCCAAAAGUCCCGGCCAGCUUCUUCACAUCGUCUACGUCCCGUCGCACCUUUAUCAUAUGCUGUUUGAACUUUUCAAGAAUGCCAUGCGUGCCACAGUGGAGACCCACGAGUCCAGCCCCACUCUGCCCCCGGUCAAAGUCAGAGUUUCUCUUGGCAACGAAGACCUCACCAUCAAGAUGUCUGACAGAGGAGGAGGCGUUCCGCUCAGGAAGAUCGAGCAUCUGUUCAGCUACAUGUACUCCACUGCUCCCAGUCCCGUGCACGUUGACAACUCCCGUAAUGCUCCUCUGGCUGGUUUCGGCUACGGCCUUCCCAUCUCCCGACUCUACGCCAAGUAUUUCCAGGGAGACCUACAGCUGUACUCUAUGGAAGGUUACGGCACAUCAGCUGUCAUAUACCUAAAGGCGCUGUCGUCCGAGUCCGUGGAGAGACUUCCUGUUUUCAACAAGUCGGCCCUUCGGCAUUACCAGUCCACCACCGAAGCGGACGACUGGUGCAUGCCCAGCAGGGAGCCCAAGAACCUGGGUAAGCAGGAAUGGACUCAGUGAUGGCAAGAGCGCAGCAAAGUCUCUACGCGACAUUCAUAGCUGAACUAUUGUGAGACGGUUGAGAUGAAUGUAACGUACAGUGGGCCAGUUUAAACCCUGUUGGUGACUCCUGUGAUGUCAUUCAAAGAAGCGAACAAGAGUGUUGUGAAUUUUUCCCUUUUUUUAAAUCAGCUCCUGCUGAAGAUAUGCUAACAGACCCGCGUUAUUAUUGUACAUCUUGUACUUUUCCUCCAAAAAAAAAAAAAAAAAAAUCAUCAUGUAGUUGUUACUUUGCCAAGGUGGUUCCCAAAUGAAGGGAGAAAUGUUGAACAAAAUAUGAGCAAGAACUAAUCUACCAACGUAACCGUAUGUUUUUCCCUGCUUUAAUUAUUGUUUUCACUAAACAAAUUAAAAAUAAUUCUUAGGCUAAUUGUGAAUUUAAAUCAUCAUUUCUGUCUGGAAAUUCAUGUUGGCGGAAUGAGUGAAAUAAAAAAGGCUAAUGGCGAGGGUUGCUAAUUUAGCUAGCAACACAAAUACUUCCCGACGUAACUGUUCAUUGUUCAUUUAUUGUGGUAAAGUAUCGCGAAAGUGCCUUUAACAUGGCUGCUGCUACCGUUAGCUAAUGUCCACGACUACACUCCACUAGUCGUUUCUACUCACUAGUGAUAUAGUUAAAAUAUAUAAGUACAGCGAUAUAAACUGUUGUUGAACACUCUGUAAUAUUGUUUCAUGCUUUCACAUUUUUUUUGGUGACACUUCAGAUCGGAAAACGCAUAUGAACCAUGAAUACAUUAUUUACUGUAAAUGAACAGGAAUUAAGCUACCAAUUUACAGGCAACUGUCAGUGACCAUUCCAGAAUAAAAAAAAACAGUGUGGCGUAACCCUUUUAGCGCCAGUUAUUUCAAUGAAAUAUUCGACUACAGUCCGGUUUUCGAUCUUUGUUUGCUCCAAACGUCUACAGAAAUGUGCUCUAAAUAUCACAGAUCGAAGUGAAAGGCUCCAUCUGCUUGUGUAUAAUAGUAACUACAACAGCGUGAGCCACUGGAUGUGUUAAAAUGUCGAGUCACAUUCUUGCGACUUGGUGCCAAAAGGGUUAGCAAGAUGCUAUUCACUGCUUUAUAUGGAGAUUAUUUAUAGUAUUGUAUGUUCCCUAAUCUAAAGUUUUCUUUCAAUACCACACUUUUUAUUCAUUAUGACAUUGUGAAAAAGUCACACAAGUUUAAAUAUACUUCAAUACAGUGAAAAACGUUUCUUAAUAGAAUCCACGUAUAAAGUAAAAAUAUUUUGGAUACUUAAAAAAAUGUUUGUACCCAAGUGUUGGAGUUUUUUUUAUUAUUAUUAUUACACAAGAGAUCAUUUAAUAAUUUUUAAAAAAUGAAUCACUGUUGUGUGCUGAAGUGUUUCCUCUAUAUUCAUUUCACCAAGUGCCUUGUCUGGAUUCCACAACACUGUUCUUAAUAUAAAGAAUAACAGAAUUCAGGAUUUUUAGGUUUUUAGUGGGUACUUCAUUUCCAGAUAUGCAAACGAUCAUUUCUUUUUUAUAGAUAUAUACACAGAUUUUCAGGAUUAUUUUUGUGCAAUCGUGAGUGCUGAACUUGUUGACCUUGUUAUAUGACUUGGCGUUUGAUACACAGUCGUGCAUUCUAACUCACAGACUUUGACCUGUUGGUUGAACAUGAACUCAGAUUUACUGUCACGGAAUUACGACUGAAUGGGAUUAUCUGUUUCAAUAUGUAUGUAUCAUGUCUUGCCAUAAUGAUUGUGCUGUUGAUCACAAUGGAAAUUGUUUUUACAGGUUCUUUGUAAAUAAAAGUGUGAUAUUCGCAUGUCACAUGUUCUGAUGUUUAGUCAUUUAUUCACAAGCGGAUAGACAGUAUGUCUGUGUACAUUUUGAGCAGCUUUAAAUAGUAUGCAUUAAUGUAGUUAUACAUUUAAGAUUGUUUUUAAAGGGCAUGGAUUUCAUUAAAUGUGUUGUUUAGUUCACUGAGGUUGUUUUUUUCCUUUCAAUGAGUCACAUUCAAAUGAGAGUCAAACUGCUUUUUCGCUUCGAGCUCUUGUUGCUGUUGCAAACCCUGUUGUCAUGAUCCAGGCUUUUUCCACUACGUUUUUCCUUUUUUUUUUGGAAACUUGGCUCGGCCCGUGUCGCCGUCCCGACCCAGUGGCUGGUGGCCAGU